AUGACUUCAUUUGGCGCUAACACUGCGGCGUACGCUGCUCCCCCCACCCCCAAUUACGACACCAUCUCGCGUAUCUGUGCCGCAUACAUUAACCACCUCUUCGGCUCCGCGCGGUACCCCUUCCCAUCCACGCGCUCCAUCUGGCAAACCCGCCUGCCCUCCUAUAUCAAAGCUGCCCUCCAAUUCUCCCAGCUCGACGUCUCUAUCGUCGUUGCUGCUAUGACCCUCCUCGGGCAGUACAAAGACGCCGUACCCGCGAGCGUCGCGUACUACGACGACGCGUACCGGCUAUUCAUGUCUGCGUACCUCGUCGCUGCGAAGGUCUCGUGCGACAACCCGCGCACGCUCCGCUGGUGGCGAGUCGUUGGCCGGGGCAAGUUCGACAAGGACGAGCUGGUGAAGAUGGAGAUGGAGCUCUGCCGCGUGCUGAAGUGGGACGUGCAGGUCGACGAGGCGAAGUUCCGGUAUUUCCAGUGCAUCAUCGAGCACUAUGCUGGCCCGAUAACGAGCGAGGCGAUGGGGAUCGCUUCGAAUAUCUACGCGGAGCCUGGGAGGGUGGUGUAUGACUCGCCGCCUCCACUUUACCAGGACUCAGGGAGAGACCUGCGGAUGGUUGAAGUGGUGGCGAUGUCUCCUCUCGGGUCGUUCGUUGGAUUGGACGAGGAUGACGAGGCAUUAUUGGAGGAAUUGAUGGAGUCGCCGACCUUUCGCCCUCUGUCUUUGGAACGCGCACGCCCCUUGCCCACCCCCGAUUCUGAUGUUGCUCGCCCCAGGCGUUCGCUCAGGCGCAGAGUACUCAACAUAAUUCUUAACAACACCCGUGUUUCAUGA